AUGUUGUAUGUUAGAUUUCACACUGAUACUGAUAAAGCAAUAGGAUUAAAUAUGAUUAGUAAUGGUUGUGAAAAAGUGUUGAAGUUGGUUAAAGAAAAAUUUAAAAAUGUGUUGAUAAUAUUGAGUGGAAAUAUGUAUAUGGAUAAGAAGUUGUCAAUGGUUAAUAUAUUGGAUGGAAAAGAAUAUUGUAUUAUGUCAAAAACCAUUAUAAAUAAAAGUGUAGUUAAUAUGAAAAAAAUUGUGGAGAUAAAUAUAGCAAAUAAUAUGUACGGAGGAGCAUUAGCAGGGACUACAGAAGGAUAUAACGUGCAUGUUGCAAAUAUAAUUGCUAGAAUUUUUAUAGUAUUUGGACAAGAUAUAGUACAAGUUAUUAAUUUAUCAAAUUGUUUUACGAUCAUGGCAACAUUUACAAAAAGUUCGGAAGUAUUUGAAAUUCUUGAACUAUUUGAUCACAAAUUCUUGAUUAAAAAUUUCUUUGAAGUAUUAUACGAACACAAUAUAGCUGAACUAGAUAUAUCACAUGCUAUUGUUAUUAAUAACAAUGAACCAGAAAGUUCAAAAAAUCUAUCACCAAAAGAUCAAGAUUCAGAUUUAAAAAACAAAACAAAAAACCUUAAAAAAGAGGAUGAUAUAUUUAAAAGCACAGGGUUGCGUCUGAUGAGAAAAGAAGAAAUUUGUUUAUCAUCUGCGUUCCUUCAUACUCAACAAUCUAGAAAA